UGUGUAGACUUUGGUGGUAGUUUAUAAAAAAAACGGUCCGAUAUAUCUGACAAGCUGAGGAUGGAGUCCCUCCGAGACAAAGUCACUAUCAUCACAGGUGGAGGUGGAGGAUUCGGAAGAGUAACAGCGCUCCUUUUUGCUAAAUAUGGAGCAAAGUUAGUAAUUGCGGACAUCAAUCUGAAUGGUGCAGAGGCUGUGCUGGAGGAAUGCAAGAAGACAGGAUUGACAGGGGAUGACGUUCUUGCUGUGGAGGCAAACAUUACCAACGAAGACAGCAGAAAGAAAAUAAUCGACGAAUGCAUUUCCAAAUUCGGUAGACUCGAUAUUUUGAUCAAUAAUGCAGGCAUUGGACGAUUUGCCAUGCUUUCACAAACACCUGAAGAUAUGUAUGACGCCACGAUGGACUUGAACGUAAAGGCACAACUUUACUUAACACAACUAGCCAUUCCACAUCUUAAGGCUACCAAAGGAAACAUAGUAAAUCUGGCAAGUAUUGUUUCGGAGGAAGCGAUGCCUGUGAGUGGAGUGUAUGGAAUAAGUAAAGCUGCGGUGGCAAUGUUCACCAAAACAAUGGCGCUUGAAAUGGCCCAGUUUGGAGUUCGAGUAAAUGAAGUUAGGCCUGGUGUUGUGAUGACAAACUUUUAUGAUAAAUUCCUACAAGGAGACGCUGAGAAAUUGCAGAAGUUUACAACUUCACAAAAUAUGACACAUCCCAUCGGGCGCCUUCCAACUCCAGAGGAAGUUGCAAAUGCGAUUGCAUUUCUGGCAUCAGACCUGGCAUCCUGCACAACUGGAGAUUCUAUCUAUGUUGAUGGUGGACGUCACUGUGUUGGGUCCGGAUUCGCAUACUCCAAUAUAUCGCAGUCAAAACAAUAAUCUAUGUAUAUAAAUUGACAUUGGAUAGUUAAGGUAUGAGUGUUUGUGUAUACACAGAAUAUGCAAUCCUGUAGUCUGAACUGUAGCCGUUUUGUGUUGUUUUAAA